CAGUGUUUCCGCAGUGGGAUCGAGUCCUCCCUGGUCCUCCGCUGCUCGGCGACCCGCCCCUCACGGUGUGGCGCGUCCUGACGCUUUUCCACGUCGCCGCUCCGUCUCACAGACGAGCUCGCUGCGUAUGUAUGCGUGUCUCCAGCUAGGCCAGAGAGUGAUGGCGGCGCCCGUCCUGAGAGUGUCCACCCCUCGGUGGGAGAGAAUAGCCCGGCUCCUCGUGUGUCUGCUGGGCAUUCUGCUGUCUCUGUACGCCUUCCACGUCGAGAGGGAAAAGGCUCGGGACCCGGGCUACACGGCGAUGUGCGACGUCAGCAGCUCCAUCAGCUGCUCCAAAGUGUUUAGCUCAAGGUGGGGUCGAGGAUUUGGACUCUUAGGCUCAAUUUUUGGAAAUGACAGUGCACUGAACCAACCCAACAGUGUCUAUGGGAUUGUCUUUUAUGCCUUUCAGCUCCUACUAGGAAUGACUGUCAGUGCAAUGGCCGCCCUUAUUCUCAUGACGACAUCCAUUUUGUCGGUGGUGGGUUCGCUCUACCUGGGCUACAUCCUCUACUUUGUCCUAAAGGACUUCUGCAUCAUCUGCAUCACCACAUAUGCGCUGAACUUCAUUCUCUUUAUUCUCAACUACAAGCGACUGGUUUACUUGAACGAGGCCUGGAAGCAGCAGCUCCAGGCAAAGCAGGACUAAGCUGUCAAGAACGGCAAGAAAAAUACAAACAAACAAACAACAACAAAAAAAGAAAAGACCUCUGAACAUUUGACUUGCCACCAGGAGACCUUGCUUCCAAACAAUGUUUAUUCUGCUGUCUGUUCAAAAAAAUGAAGAAAUUUAACUUAAAUGUUGGGGCCUGACAUCUCAGUGUUGAUUGCAAACAUGGAAGGAUGUGUAAGUGAAAAGAUGAUUUUUCUUUUAUUGUCUUUUACCUUUGUUUAACAUUGUACUCACUUAAAGAGGGGGCUGGUUGUGUGUGUGUGUGUGAGAGAGUAUGCACCUGUGUGUGGGGAAACACAACAACAGGAUGAGGCAGAGGGCCACAAUACAGACUGAUGGAGGACGGCUCUCGUUUGAACAAAAAGGAUCGCAGAAUGGAAGAAAAAAAACGGGACAUUAAACGGGGUUUACUUGAAAUGGUUAAAAAGGUCCUAUUACUGCACAGCAGAUCUGCACUAAAACUUGGAGCCAGUAAUGGGUCCCUGAAUUAGAAAAACACUCAUUAAGGUUAUCGUAGUUUGCAGAUAAGUUUCUAUGGCAGGGUGGGCGGACAAAACGAGUCACAUUUAUACAGAAUGGUUUUUUUGUUUUUGUUUUCAUGUUUACACUUUGUAGAACAUUUCUUUGUGAAGAGGACCACUAAAAAUAAACACAGGACAAUGUGAGAUAUUGUGUGUAGAUCAGAUUGUUUGUUUUGCAAUUCUGUAAAUAGCUGCUGAGCAAUAUUCAAGGCUAGUCAAGGCUAGAUUGUGAUUUAGUGUUGACACAAACUUUUAACAAAAGAAAAAAAAGAUCAGAACAACAAAACAGAAGAAAACCGAUCAGUAAAUGUGGAAUAAAAAGUGGUGGAGGUCACAGUUAGGGUGGAUGAGUCUGAAGAUGUGCGUGGUACAUCUUCUGUCCCAUCAUCCUGGUCAGGCAUGCAGUUCAGAGUCGUGUGGAUUUCUUACUGUUUCAUCUGAAGCCACCGACACAAGUCUUUUAAAACAGCACUAUAGGUUAAUUUCACCAAGUUAGCAUACAAGGCAUCCUCACUUUUUGAUUUCGGUUUUGUUAUUGUGUGAAAAGCAUUCCUGACCACCACGCAUGUGGGAUCCAUAAAGACUUAUGUGCCUAAAGGAAUGUUAAGCUGAAUUACCUUGUUUGUUGGUUUUUUUUUGGGGGGGGGGGGGGUAACACCAAUUUUACUCGUCACAGGUCCAAGGAUUUUUUUUUUUCUGAUCACAUCUCAUUUUUAAAUUAAGAUACCAGUCAAGUGUUUCUCUUUCCCUUAUAGUCUCAUUAGGUAGCAAAGGCUGCUACACUGUGAUUGUCUGCUCAAGAGUAGAGUGGCCUGAUGGCAAAAGCAUCUCAAGCUUUUCUGUUGCUUCACUGUCCUGGCUUUCGUUCACUAGUCCAGGCCUGUAUACAUUUGAUGUCAAUUGAACAGUAGCUGUGAUCUUGCCAAGCUGAGUUACAGUUCAUUUACAGGACGUGAAAUCAUUUGCUGACAUAAACGGCAGAAGAAUGACAACGUGGAGGAUCAUGUAACAAAACAAGUUAAGCCAUAUGUAGUUUGUGGGGUAUUUCCUCUAGUGGGACAAACAUUCAGGGUGCUGAUGGUUUUCUGUCACACUGAUGCUUCUCAUUUAGUGGUUGAUGUAACAGAGGAAGGUUUGUACAGAGAUGGAUCAGUGUUGUGGUGGCUCUGUUGGAAGUAGUGUCACUUCAGUGACAGAGUAGGAUCAUAGUCUCUUUUCCAUAAAAAAAUCCACUGGUUCAAGUGUCAUACUUGUCAGAUGCAUGGUACAGUAUCUCCUGGCUUUGAGUACACAGUGGCCAUCGGACAAUCUUAAACACACUGUCAAAGAUCUAUAACAGUCAUAGUAAUAACUGUAAUAAUGUGAUUCAUCUGUGGUGUUAAACCAGCUUGUUGAUAGUUCCCAUCACUGCUCAUCUCCAUCUUACCCCUUCAUGUUUUAAUGGAAGUUUUAUGGAUUGUAGGUUGUUAACGUGUUGAUGAUAGCAACAGUCAGGAAAGUAAUUUCAGUGACGUGCUUCCUGUGUUAACAUAUGAAGUCAUCAGUUGUAAAUGAAAACGGACAUUGAGGUGAUAGUUUUUUGUUUCCUCAGAUGUUGUUAAAGUGAAACUGUCUGUUUUUGCAUGUUGUGGCACAUUUACGAUCCAUCAGAUGUACGGUGUCUGACAUCACUGUUAUAGUUUUUCCAAAGCAUAAUGUGUUCUAUGUUUUGAAACAGUGUUUCUUAUAUUUCAGGCAGGCAGCGGUUUCCAAUCGUUUCACAGUGGUAUGAUGUUAACUUUACAAGACCUGACACUUAAAGGUUCAGUGUGUAAAAUGUAGUGACAGCUAGUGGUAAAGUUGCAUGUUGCAGCUGAAUACCCCUCACCUCACCCUCUCCUUCCAAACAUGAAAGAGAACCUGUGGUAGCCUUCAGUUGUCAUAAAAACUCAGAAGGUUUUGGUUUGUAUAGUUUGGACUAUUGUAAAAUAACAUGGAGGCCUGCAUAGGGAGGACCUGCUCCUCAUGUAAAGUAUUUAAAUAUAAAGGGUCCCUCCUAGGGUAGAGGAAAAAAACAAUCCGUACAAUUGAGAUAUUUACACACUUGUGAAAACAUCACUAGGAUUACCAAUAUUAAAUUUCUGCCAGUAGAUUCUUUUUCCCUCAGUCUUACACACUGGACCUUUAACUCCUUUAGUCCUUCAUAGUGAAGAUUAUUAGUACAGUUUUUCAGGUCAGUAUCUCUAUUCCAGCUCAGUUCUUACUCUGAACCUGAGAUUAUUUUUUCCAUUUUCAAGCUUGUAGUCAUUUCAGGAUAUUUGAUAUUUUUUCCACAGCUUCUUUUUUGAGCCACAACAGGUUUUAAACAGCAUAUUUGCACUGGUGCUCCCCAAGACCUGUUAGUGGACUUGAUGUGUAAAAUCAGUAGCUUUCCCAAUUUUAAUAGCACCAGUGUGUAGGAUUAAUAGAUAUAUAUAUUAGCAGAAAUGCAAUAUAAUCUGAAAAAAAAAAGGAUAAUGACCUGAAUGUAAUAAUUGUUUUUGUUAUCUUAAAAGGACUGUUUUCUUUUUUGCACAACCUGUCAUAUUUCUACAGUAGCUUUAGAUAGGUUCUUGUGUUUUUAUGUUGCUUGAAAACCACUGUAGGCUCCUCUACGUGUUUGGAAAUGGUGGAUUUGGGGUGUGUUCAGUUGGCUGCUAUCUGCAACUUCACCACUAGAAGAAUCAAAAUUUACACACUGGUCCUUUAAACAAAUUUCCUGUUUUCUUUACAUCUUUAAUGCCACACAGAAGUGAAUGUGAACCACUGGCUGCAUGGAGGAUAAACUCAUCUAAACACUAUGAUUCACCUUGGAAACUGGUUGCCAGUUAUGCUACGUUGACAUGAUUUGUAGCAAAGUUGCCAUCAUUUCUCAAAGUCAUCUUUUAAGAGCUUCCUUACAGUAUUACCUGGGCAGGCUCACAUCUGGUUCUCAUUCAUUUAAGUCAGAAUGAGACAUACAAUCGCAUCACUGUUUUGUCUUUGUCCUUUUCCUGAGGAAGCAUGUGCAACAAUGAGCAUUCACUUACAAAAGUGAGAAGUUUUUCUGUAUGUGGACAAGUCGAUCUGACAUUACUUGCUGGUUUUUUGGCAACAUCUAUGGACCCUGUGAGCGUUGACCAUAGACAAGCGAGAAUUAGCCUAUCAUUACGUUAAUGGUUCCAGUCAUAUGCAAACCUAUUACACUAAGUUAUGUGCGGUUACUUUAAAGAUGGAAUUUGGAUGUUAAAUGUUUGAAAUAUUUUGCUGGUAAAAGGACCACAAUGUUGUGUGAUGAUAUGUCAAAAAUAGGUCGAAAUGGUUGAUACUGCAUUUCCAUGAAUAUUCGCUUAGGCCCUGAGGUAUAACUGCCAUGUUAGUUGCAUCACCAAUGCCAAUAAAAGUGCCUUCUGUAUGAUCACUAGGCCUUGAGCCAAAGACAAGUAACAGUAACAGCCUUGUAAAAUGAAGAAUGAUAACUUAAGAUGUAAUUGGAUAAAUUGGUCAAUUCCCAAAGAUUUAAUAUUCAGCGUCAGUGCAAAAAUCCUUUCAGAAAUUGCCGGACAAAAUGUUCUGUCAAAUCAAUGGCCGUUCCAUUUCCCCCUACCUGAACUCCACUGUAUUAUUAUCAUCUUUAUUUUCUCUAGCUAGGACAUGUUUGUUAGCUAUGAACACACACUGUUGAACUACAUGAUUGUAAUGUUCCUUUUCAUCAUUAAUUAUGCCCUUUAGCUGUAUAGACUGUUAACAUUCUGGGUUAUUUUAGUUUUAAAAGUUGAGGGGUUGGAGGGCUAUAGGAAUCCAUGUGUCAGCAUAAAAUGUUUAUUAAAUUUCUUUGAGGAGGAAAACUUGCCGGGUUUGCUUCUGUAUUGCCAAAUAUGUUUUAAAAUGCUGUAUUUUCUUACAUGGAAAAGUGUUACAUGAAUGGUAGGAGGGUGCGAGGAAAAUAAUCUGUUCACAUCCAUAUUCUCUUAAGGGAAAACUGUGGAAAAGGUUGACAUGAGUACAUUUUUAAUUGUUUCAUUGUCAUGUGGAAAUGAUCUACCAUUAAAACAUUCCCUCUGAAACUA